GGAGACAAACUAUAGGUAAAAGUAAUAACAAUGUUUGAGAAUGCACGAGGAAAAAGUGAGAGAUGGCAAAUCCUAGAAGGACAUCAUUUUCUCCUUCCGGUAACCAGAACCACCACCAACUUCCAAUCUCCACCGUGAAUCUGAAUCAGGGAACCCAAAUAUCAAGUUUGAUGAACUCACUCAAAUCAUUCCUCAAGAAACCUCAUGCUUUCCCUUUUCUCUUAUCCCUAUUCCUUUUUCUCACCUGGGUUUCCCUCAGAUUCCAACGUCCCUCCACUUCUACACCUCACCGAGAAGAAUGGCAUGCAAAGAUUCAAUCUGGGUCCGAUCAAAAUGCUAAUCUUGUCAGGUUCUCAGCUUCCUCUUCCUCUAUUACCAAAGAUAAACGUGGUUGGUUGCUCAAUCCUAUUUCCCUUGCCCUUGAUUCAGACAUUUCAGGUGGGGCAGCAGUUUGUGCUUCAAUUCAUUUGGGUGAGAUCAGAUCUGGUGGUCUUAGAGGCAACCACAGACACCACACAUGCAAUGAGACAUUUGUUAUUUGGGGAGCUAAGACACUAUUCCGGGUGGAAAAUGAUGCGGUAAAAAAAGGUUACGCGGAAGUAAUAAUUGGUGCAGAUGAAGUUGUUGUUGCAGUCAGCCCCCUCGGAACUGCUCAUGCUCUAGUAAAUGUUGAUCCGGUGCGAAGUACAUACUUCAUGGGGUGCCAGGAUAGUGUAAUCAACUACAAUGCCUCAACAACUGAUUUUAAUGUAUGGAAAGAUCUAUAGGUUUUCAUUGUUAUAUUCUCAUGGUUGCUCCAAUAAGGUAACUGAAGUUUAAUGCAUCUUCAUCAAGCUGGUCCUUUUCUUGCAGAUGAGGGUUUUAAAGGCUGUGAAUUAAUUUAGCUAGUGUAGAUUAGGAAACUAUGUACAUAAAGUAUAGCUGCUAUUCAUUGAUCUUCUUUCGGUCUUUCCUUUUGGGUUUUAUGACAAAAGAUGUGAGCUCAGAUAUAUCUCUACAGGAUACAGCUUGCCUGUCCUACAGCCUUUACUUAUGAAAGCAAUAUUUAAGCUUUUGAAAUUUAGCAAAUGUGCAUGUUCAAA